UCGGUCGCCCGCCAUGCCCCGCCCUGCCCUUUCUCCGUUGCCCGUCGGGCCUCAGGUGCUCAGACGGCUGCAGCGCGCAGAGGGACAAAUGGAGCGGCACCAGGAAGGGGAGCUCAGUGGUCCUGAGCCGGAAUCAGGAGGAACAGCUUUUCAACGAUCUGAUGGCCAAUUAUAACCGCAAUUUUCGCCCUGCUGCAGACAAAGGGGACAUUGUAAAUGUUUCCCUUAAGGUUACCCUCACCAACCUGAUCUCACUGAACGAAAUCGAUGAGGCUCUCACAACGAAUGUCUGGGUAGAGAUGAAAUGGAAAGAUUACCGUCUGCAGUGGGACCCAGAGAAUUAUGACAACAUCAGCUGUUUACGGAUCCCUUCGACCUUGCUCUGGCUGCCAGAUAUAGUCCUGGAGAACAACAUCGAUGGGGUCUUUGAUGUCGCCUUAUAUGCCAACGCUUUGGUGGCUCCUGAUGGAAACAUCACUUGGUUGCCCCCAGCUAUUUACCGGAGUGUCUGUUCCAUUUUCGUCACCUAUUUCCCUUUCGAUUGGCAAAACUGCUCCAUGGUGUUCCAAUCUCAGACCUACAAUGCCCUUGAAAUCAACCUCUUGUUGACCGUUGAAGAGGGAAAAACAAUUGAAUGGAUUUAUAUUGAUCCUGAAGCCUUCACAGAGAAUGGCGAGUGGGCGAUCAAGCACCGGCCAGCCAAGAAGAUUGUGAAUGCUGCACACUUCACCCCGAGCGACAUCGGGUACCAGCAAAUCGUCUUCUUCCUGAUCAUCCAGAGGAAGCCCCUGUUCUACAUCGUCAACAUUAUCAUCCCCUGCGUGCUCAUUUCCUUCGUGGCCUUGCUGGUGUACUUCCUGCCUGCGAAAGCGGGCGGACAGAAGUGCACGGUCUCCAUCAAUGUCCUCUUAGCCCAGACCGUCUUCCUUUUUCUGAUUGCAAAAAAGGUGCCGGAAACAUCUCAGGCGGUGCCGCUCAUCGGGAAGUACUUAACCUUCCUUCUGGUGGUGACCAUUGUUAUCAUCAUGAAUGCCGUUAUCGUCCUCAAUGUUUCUCUGCGGACCCCCAAUACCCAUUCGAUGUCGGAGCGAGUCCGACAGGUGUUCCUGCACCUGGUGCCCCAUUACCUCGGCAUGCACAUGAGACGCAUCUCCGUACCUGCUGGGAAUCAGAUCGUGCGUCGACGGAGCUCCUUGGGGCUCAUGGCGAAAGCUGAGGAGUACAUGCUGUGGAAGGCACGGAGUGAGCUCCUGUUUGAGAGGCAGAAGGAACGAGACGGGUUGAUGAAGAUCCUCCUGGCAAAGAUCGGAAAAGGGUUGGAGAACAGAUGUCCCCAGGACUUUUGCAACAGCCUGCGCCACACCGCUCCGGAAAUCCAGACCUGUGUGAAUGCCUGCAACCACAUCACCCGGACUUUGCAAGAGAAGAAUGACUUUGAUAGUGAAAACGAAGAAUGGAUCCUGGUGGGGAGAGUCAUUGACCGGGUCUGCUUCCUGAUCAUGGCCUCUGUUUUUAUUUUUGGCACCGUUGGCAUCUUCCUGAUGGCCCACUUCAAUCAAGCCCCAGCAGCACCCUUUGUGGGAGAUCCAAGGCGGUACCUGCCCUAGAGGUGGGCGAGGACCGGGAGCCAGCCCUUGACUCGUCUCGUUGCUUGGAGGAGGGUUAUCCUGAGAGCAAGGCUAUAGCACAAGGUUUUGGGGUUUAACCUGGGAACUGCGGGCUUUGAAAUAACCCUUUAGACCCUCCCUGCCCUCUGCAGAAGGCUAAGACUUCUGGCCAACGCAGUUUCUCCAGGAAGAGCUAAAACAGACAUUUCCACCCUGGCAAGAGCUUGGGAAGAGCCUCACCUCUGAUUUCUCUGGGGACUGUGGAAGACUCCGUUCCCCUUCAGCAGCCGCAGCAGGUGCUUUCAAUAGGCCAUAACUGUCCUAUCUCACAGGGCUGGGCUUUGGACUGGAUCUCCAAAAGUGCUUUGCAGAGUGGGGGAGCAGGAAUGUAGCACCGGUUUGUCAGUGCCGGAAACCACUUUUCUCCACGAUUGCACAGCAGUGGUGCAAUGCUUGAGUUCUCAUAUGCCCUGAAGCACCAUCUAGAGCAAUGUUUCUCAACCUUGGGAGCUUGAAGAUG